AUGAUCAAAGGAAAUGUCAGAGAAACCACCACACAACAGACACACAACAGACACACAACAGACUCACAACAGACACACAACAGACUCACAACAGACUCACAACAGACUCACAACAGCCACACAACAGACUCACAACAGACUCACAACAGACUCACAACAGACUCACAACAGCCACACAACAGACACACAACAGACUCACAACAGACACACAACAGACUCACAACAGACUCACAACAGACUCACAACAGACUCACAACAGACACACAACAGACUCACAACAGACUCACAACAGACUCACAACAGACUCACAACAGCCACACAACAGACUCACAACAGACUCACAACAGACUCACAGCAGCUUCACAACAGCCACACAACAGACUCACAACAGACUCACAACAGACACACAACAGACUCACAACAGACACACAGCAGACUCACAACAGCCACACAACAGACUCACAACAGACUCACAACAGACUCACAGCAGCUUCACAACAGCCACACAACAGACUCACAACAGACUCACAACAGACACACAACAGACUCACAACAGACACACAACAGACUCACAACAGACUCACAACAGACACACAACAGACUCACAACAGACACACAACAGACUCACAACAGCCACACAACAGACUCACAACAGACUCACAACAGACUCACAGCAGCUUCACAACAGCCACACAACAGACUCACAACAGACUCACAACAGCUUCACAAGAGCCACACAACAGACAAACAACAGACUCACAGCAGCUUCACAACAGCCACACAACAGCCAUACAACAGACUCACAACAGACUCACAACAGCCACACAACAGACUCAAAACAGACUCACAACAGCCACACAACAGACUCACAACAGCCACACAACAGACUCACAACAGACUCACAACAGACUCACAGCAGCUUCACAACAGCCACACAACAGACUCACAACAGACUCACAACAGACACACAACAGACUCACAACAGACACACAGCAACUCACAACAGCCACACAACAGACUCACAACAGACUCACAACAGACUCACAGCAGCUUCACAACAGCCACACAACAGACUCACAACAGACUCACAACAGACACACAACAGACUCACAACAGACACACAACAGACUCACAACAGACUCACAACAGACACACAACAGACUCACAACAGACACACAACAGACUCACAACAGCCACACAACAGACUCACAACAGACUCACAACAGACUCACAACAGCCACACAACAGACUCACAACAGACUCACAACAGACUCACAGCAGCUUCACAACAGCCACACAACAGACUCACAACAGCUUCACAAGAGCCACACAACAGACAAACAACAGACUCACAGCAGCUUCACAACAGCCACACAACAGCCAUACAACAGACUCACAACAGACUCACAACAGCCACACAACAGACUCAAAACAGACUCACAACAGCCACACAACAGACUCACAACAGACUCACAACAGCUUCACAAGAGCCACACAACAGACACACAACAGACUCACAGCAGCUUCACAACAGCCACACAACAGCCACACAACAGACUCACAACAGACUCACAACAGCCACACAACAGACUCACAACAGACUCACAACAGACUCACAACAGACUCACAACAGACUCACAACAGACUCACAACAAACUCACAACAGACACACAACAGACUCACAAUAGACUCACAACAGACUCACAACAGACUCACAACAGCCACACAACAGACUCACAACAGGACAGUAGCUCUCUGCCUUUAUCGUCUCAGGACAGUCGCUCUCUUCCUUUAUAG